AACUGUCAGACGUCAUCAUAAUUUCGAAAUUUAGUUUCAAAUGAAUUAAGACAAUUAAAUACAAAUAUGAAAUAUUAAAAUUAUUUUAUAAAUCUAAAUAAUGAAAAGAACCAAUUAAAAUAAUUAUUUUAUAAACGAUAAAAUUUAUAAUUUCGUUUCACAAUAGUUGCACAUUGAACUGAGCUGACCUACUUUCGAAAUGUCUGACAAAGGUGAAAGCGAUUCCAGCUCCAGUUCAAAGGAUGGAAACAAUGGGAAUGGCCACAUAAUUAUACGCGAAAUUUACGAAUCUGAUAACGCCCACGAAGAAUUUGAAGCAGAGCUAGACAAUGCACUUUACCAAGGAAUCAAAACAAUCGUGAUUGAACCAACAAAAUUAGGUGACGAAACUGCGAGAUGGAUCCAGGUUGGAAAUUGUCUGCAUAAGACAGCUGUUCUUGCAGGAUUCGGUAGUCUCCUUUCUGGACUUGUUUGGCCUGAUGUAGGCUAUGUUACAUACCCUUUAGGUUUUUCAAGUGUUGCUUGUGCAGCCGUAUAUGCAGUUUCAUGGCAAUUUGACCCCUGUUGUAAAUACCAAGUGGAGUAUAACAUUAGAAAAUUACAGAAACUGCCACUACGUAAUCUCGCAUCUAGUUCGCCUGUUGUUUUAGUUCGUAAAGAAGACACACGUCGCAAACUUUUACAUAACACUAUUGCCUUAUCAGCUACAGUGCUUUGCGGGUGGAAACUUUAUGAGCUCUUCUUUAAAUAAUGACUCAGAAUUUAGGAAAUUAUAGGAAUUAUUUAAACUGGCAACACAUUUUAGCAACAUGGGGUACUGUACAUUUGUAAGCAAUGCAAUAAGACUAUAACAGCUACAACACCUGCAUAGAGGUUGGGAGGUUGAGGAGUUCUGUUUGGAUUGAUUUUUGGUGUAGUACCUAAGUCACCUAGUAAGUGAUCAAAAUUAUGGACUAAAUGAAAAGAUGAAAACCAAACUUUGUAGCAUGAUAGGGUACAUUGAUUGUAACUAGGCCAGGUGCCAAGAUACGAGGUCCCCUAGCCUCAGCUACAGGAUAAUGAGAAUAUCAGUCCGACCAAAGUUAUGGACUAAACCAAGCUAAACUUUGUGGCAUGUUGGCGCACAAUUGUACAUCGAUUGGGACUCUUAGCUCUCUGCUCUAACUCAACAGCAAAUCAGUUCUGACAGUCAUACCUCUCCUAACUUUAUUUAUAAAAAUUCAACAGCCAAGCUGCCCUGGGCAGCAUAAUCACAAGGAAGCAAUGCCAAUUUGGUGACUUGCCCAAUGCCCAUUCAAACGAAUAGUCUAUAGUUGAGCUUUUUUGACGCUGUGAAAAACUGUUAAACAUGAAAUUAAUAGUGCCUAC